AGAGAGAGCUACACAUAUGUACACAGAGUCAGUAGAGAGAGCUACACAUAUGUACACAGUAGAGAGCUACACAUAGGUAUACAUUCAGUAGAGAGAGCUACACGUAUGUACACAGAGGGUGUGCAGUGUGUCUGGAGUCAGCAGCUAUAUAUACACGCACACAUGUGCAGCAUCUGUGUUUAGAAUCCAUAGUCUCAGUAACCGGGAGAUGAAGGUAUCACACACAAUUCCACUCGCAACAAGAAAGCACCAGCCUCGCUUCAGUCACGUGCUCGCCUCCUCUUUUUUUUUUUUUUUUGCAUCGCCCUUGUUUCCACUGUCUCGGUGCGCCUCCCCACCACCACCACCACCACCCUCUCCCCCAAGUUCCUCUGCCUCCUCAUCACAGACGUUAUCUCCAUGGCCGGCAUCAACCUGCGAAGCCGCGCGUUAAACGCCCCCUAAUUAUGGCCCCUGCGCACGCGCGGUUAUCGAUCGUGCUUCCAGCGGAACAGGCGACAGGUCUGACGUCCAGGCCACAGUUGGGCGCGAGCGCCGUCAGCAACAUGGCGGCAGCGGAGAGAUGUUGGCUGCUGGCCGCCCGGUGUCUGCGGAGCAAGGGGUGCCGGCGACUUGCCCUCCUCGCCGCCUGCGUGAUGGUGUGGAGUCAGCUUCUCAACCACCAGGGUUCAGGAGAAAGAAGUUCCACCUUGACAGAGCCUCGACAUCGUGAACACUAUGGCGUACCAAGACUUACUGCAGAAGGAGAAUUAAGAUUUCGUCAGGACGAAGCGAGCAGCGAGAACGACGAGAUGUCUCGACGAAAGAAGAGGAUACGUCAGGCGUGCGAGAGUUCCAGCAGGGGGAGUUCAGAUACAUGCUCAGCCGGGUGCCCAUCAUCUCCAGGGAGCACAUGUACCUCCACUGUCCCGUUACCAAAGCCGCUUCCACAUUCUGGACGCGGUUCUUGUUGGCUCUGAAUGGCUCCGGCCAUACCAGCUCUCCCUUCGCCAUCCCACUCAAGAAAAGCAACAGGAAGCAGGUGGCUUCACUCCUGGACGUCUAUCCCAUGGCCUCAAGGAUCGGGUUCAUAUCCUCGGCCACCAAAGUGGUGUUCGUUAGAGAUCCGUACUCACGGAUGUUCUCAGCAUAUGUGGACAAAGUCUUUGCUCCCAACCCUUACUACUGGAGAUCGUGGGGCAAGCGAGCCAUCUCUAAGUUUCGAGAAAAUACCCAGGGAGCAGCUAGUAAAUGUGGAAGUGACGUCACGUUUGCGGAAGUGAUGGCUUUCGCUGCUAGUGGCAUGUUUAAAUCGGACAUUCAUUUUCAUUCUGUGUUCAGGGAAUGUCAGCCUUGUGCAUUUCAUUACGAUUUUGUGGGUAAGAUGGAGACGUUCGCUCAGGACAUUCAGCUCCUCGUCAACAAGCUCCAGCUGCCGAACAGCGCCUACUUCAGCAGCCAACAGUUCAGAGACGACUUCACCAAGGACGCCAUCGAGGAUUCCAUCAACAGUCCCUGGGAAUGGCUUCGCGAGGUGCGCGCGUGCAUGACGAUGGCGGAGGCCGGCAAGCGCGUGUGGCGCAAGCUGCAGAUUCGCGGAAUCAUCAGUCGCAGGAUCGCCUUUCCUUUCCGCGACGACGAGGCGGAGUCGUUGACGGCAGAGACCUUCAUCCACGUGGCCCUCGCAGCCCAUCGCCAGUCGACGGACAAGGAGGAGCUGAGGCGUCAGAAGCGGGAGGCCAUGGUGGAGGCCUUCCAGUCCGUGGACUCCAAAACCUUGAACUCCCUCCGCAACAUCUUCGCUCGAGACUUCGAGCUGUUUGACUACGAACCGUCUCCCGCUGAUCUCCUUGAUCGCACGAACAGGUCUGUCCACACCGGUGCCUUUCGAUGGGACGAGGAGUGGAAGGAAGAUUGACAGACCAGGGCAUUGUCGUUGUCUUCUUGUUUAUUUGUUAAUCACAAGGUCUGUAAAACCAAGUGUUUGUGGAAGUGGUGUGGGUGUGGGUGUGCUUGUGUGUAUGUUUGUGUGUGCGUGUACGUGUAUGUGUGUUCUAAUUUGACCACUUACAAUGUCUCUUCCGUGGUCUCGGCAUGUGAUUAAUGCUUUAUAUGAGAACAUACCCGCCAGCUGAAGUCUUUGAGCUUUAUUAUGUCUCAUGACUGCUGCCAGCAAAGCCUGAUUACAUAUACAGAGAUUAUUAUGUUGUGCUGGACGCUAUACAUCAUUCUAUUGAAUACCUAUUCUUCCUUUGGUUGGUGUAGACUACUCUCGUCAAGCAAUCACUGCUGUCCUGAAUGGCUGUGUCGCCUGGAAACUAAUUGUUGUUCUUUAGUUGUUAGAAACAUGUGACCUGUUACAACACUUAUAUCUGUGUGCGUGGGGAGCCUUGAAGACUGUCUACACUUUGUCUAAUGUCAUGACCCCGAGUUCCUCGCAAAACAUUGUCUAGCAGUAACAGUUUCACACUGGCAGCCAUGUUUAUGCAAUUUUUACUGAUACAGUGUUCAAAGAACACCUAAGUCGACUCGGAUUGCUGGAACGAUUUUUAAAACAAAGAUUUUAAAAUUUACCACUAACACGGAGUAGGACUUACAAGUGUCAGGUGGUUGAACUUUCAUCAUUGGUGAGUUUCCUAAUUUUUAAACUAUGUGGGUGUAAGCAUCAAGCACUGCAGUAAAGUGUUAAAGUAUGUGUUGGACAAAACUUGUGGAUUGAUUACAAAAUUCAUCUUGUAUCAUUUCGAGUUCUCUUUCUCUCUCGCUUCCUAACUCCAAUCCCCUGAAGGUGCGUUCAUUCUGCGUCACACAAUCUUUAUAUUUUGCUCCUCAAAGGCUAUUUUAGGAAUUUAAAAGAGAAAAAAUUCAGGCCUCACAACCUAUUUCAGGAAUUUAAGUGGUGAAACAAAUUGAGAUUAAUUUUUCCAUGUGGAGGACAGCACGAUGCUAAAGCUGUCUUUCCGUUGAGUUUUGUUUUCCUGCCUCCAUUACCUGCCUGUCCUUUAAUUUGUUUAGUUAAAUCUCAUCAUUUACUUAUACAUGUAUUGUUCAAGCGACUGUUACCAGGCAUAAUAUUUAUUUCCACGUCUAUUGGUGAAAACUCUCAUUCAGUUUGUCUCCGGUCGUGUGAGCAGCGUUCAGCUAUUCCAUCGACAGAUUCCGAAUGCUCUCAAGACGAGAAACUUGUAAAUAUUUGAUGAAGAAGCCGCGCAGCCCUCGUUGGUUGCCGUUGUAAACACAAGGUUUAAGUUGAAAAGCAAAGAAACAAAAUACGGAAAUCGAAUUAGAGUGUGCAGCUUUUGUCUUGCAGACUGUGUUAACAUUGUCAUACAGUGUGUGUGUCUGUGUGUGUGUACGCGCGUAUGCGUGCGUGUAAAACUCAAAGAACUUUUAUUUGUAUCCUGAAAGAAAGAAGCAUGAACUCUUACUGGUCUUCAAUCUACAAAACUUAUGGAACAUUCCAGUCAUAUCAAUACCAUUGCGGUUGUGCGCUCCUCCUGUGGGUGACUGUGAAUCAGCGGUGAUGUCGGGAACGGGGAAUCGAACUAUCGAGCCCAGCACAGUGAAUAGGGUUGAGUGGAUAUGUGUGUUAUCUCGCGUCAUCCAUGCGUUCAGCGAUCGGUGGAAAAUAAAGACUGCCAAGUUCUUACAUCAUACUAUAGACAUGUGACAUGAUAAAAACAAUGUCAGAUAUUGUUACCUGUAUUGAGCAACGCAAAAUGUCCACAAAGGUCUUUGAGACGAACUUGGUGAUGGCGAGUGGUUCUGUGCAGGGAACUGGACCAGAUGAAUGUGGACAAAGUCCAAAACAGAACCCAACUGUUCAUCUACUUACCUGUACAGCUUGUGGUGCACCUGGCCAGUGUUUCGUUGCAGUGGACAGCAGCAUGCAUCCACCCGUGACAGGCCUGCAGGCUUUUUGUGGGUAGAAGAGCUGGGGUGAGGGUGGAAGGCAUUGACCCUAACCAUUGGCCUUCGUGUCUGACGGGGACUAACUCUGCCUGCUGAUAAUUGUGGCCACUUAGUGUCUGGAGAAGAAGUAUGAGCGCUUAUGCAAGUUUUAUGGGGAUGUGUUGUCCGACACAAUUGCAAUAAAAAUUAUGACCAUAGUAACUUGUAUAAUGAAGUCAGAUGCAUGUAUUCUGAGAUUAAUAUGGACUUUUGAGAGCAUGGCUAUAUCUGCAUACGUUUUCAAAUGUUUAUGUAUUCAGUACUUUGACUUCGGUUGCCUGAGAUGAUUGGUGAAAAUUAUCGAUAAAAGCCUUCUACGAUGUA